CCAGCACCACAAGUGCUCAGGGGGUGACUGCGCCCGGCCCACCGCUCGCCCUGGGAGUGCCCACGUCCAGCGCCACCCAUGUUCAGGGGGUGCCUGCGCCCGGCCCACCGCUCGCCCUGGGGGUGCCCACGUCCAGCGCCACACGUGCUCAGGGGGUGCCUGCGCCUGGCCCACCGCUCGCCAUGGGGGUGCCCUUGCCAGGCAUCACACAUAAUCCAGGGGUGCCCACACCCGGCCCCCCCUGUGCCCUGGGGGUGCCCAUGCCCAGCCCGCGGCCCCCUGGUGCUGCCCCUAGGCCCAGCCUCGGCCGCGGGGGUCCGAGGGUCCAGUGGGGCCCCGGCAGCAGGCUCCUCGCCCCCUGCGGACUCUCCCUCAAGACGCUCGGCGGCACAGGUGCAGACGCAGAGGGAGCCCCCACCACCCCACCCUGGGCUCCCCGUCCCCACUUUCUUCUUCCCCAGAGGCCGUCCCCAGCCAGACCUCAGCGUGGAUGCCGCCAUCACCCGUGUGGAGGACGCUUUUGCCCAGUUCCCCCACGAGCGGGCCACCAUGGCGGACAUGGGGCAGGUGGCCAAGGCCUGUGGCUGCCCACUCUUCUGGAAGGCCCCGCUGUUCUACGCGGCCGGGGGGGAGCGCACGGGAUCGGUCUCUGUUCACAAGUUCAUCGCCAUGUGGAGGAAGAUCCUGCAGACCUGUCACGAUGAGGCAGCCAAGUUCCUGCACCUGCUCAUGAGCCCAGGGGCCAACUACCUGGUGCAGGAGGACUUUGUCCCCUUCCUGCAGGACGUGGUGAAUACCCACCCCGGACUGUCCUUCCUCAAGGAGGCGUCUGAGUUCCACUCUCGCUACAUCACCACGGUCAUCCAGAGGAUCUUCUACACGGUCAACAGGUCCUGGUCCGGCAGGAUCACCUGCUCCGAGCUGCGGAGGAGCACCUUCCUGCAGAGCGUGGCGCUGCUGGAGGAGGAGGCGGACAUCAACCAGCUGACAGAGUUCUUCUCCUAUGAGCAUUUCUAUGUCAUCUACUGCAAGUUCUGGGAGCUGGACACUGACCACGACCUGCUCAUAGACGCCCGGGACCUGGCACGUCACGGCGACCAUGCUAUCUCCUCCAGGAUGAUCGAUAGGGUCUUCUCAGGCGCCGUGACACGGGGCAGGAAGGUGCAGAAGGAGGGCAAGCUCACCUACGCCGACUUCGUGUGGUUCCUGCUCUCGGAGGAGGAUAAGAAGACGCCCACCAGCAUCGAGUACUGGUUCCGCCUGAUGGACCUGGAUGGGGACGGGGCUCUGUCCAUGUUCGAGCUGGAGCACUUCUACGAGGAGCAGAGCCGGCGGCUGGACAGCCUGGGCGUGGAGGCCCUGCCCUUCCCCGACUGUCUGUGCCAGGUGCUGGACCUGGUCAGGCCCCAGGACCCAGGGAGGAUCACGCUGCAGGACCUGAAGAGGUGCCGGCUGGCCCACGUCUUCUUCGACACCUUCUUCAACGUGGAGAAGUACCUGGACCACGAGCAGAGGGAGCAGGCCUCCCUGCUCAGGGACGGUGACAGCGAGGGCCCCGAGGUCUCCGACUGGGACAGGUACGCGGCUGAGGAGUACGACAUCCUGGUGGCUGAGGAGGCGGCUGGGGAUGCCUGGGAUGAUGGGUACGAGGACGAGGAGGAGGAGGAGGAGGAGGAGCCGCUGGGCCCUGGGGACAGGAGGCUGGCCAGGCCACGCUCCCCGUUCUCCGAAGCGCCGGGGCCUCUGGGUGGAGUGGAGCUGUUCGGGUUCGAGUGCGGGGACCUCGACCGAGACCGGGUGUCCUCAUGAGCCCCCGGCCCCCGCGGGCGGGCGGUGCCACUGGCCAGGAGAGCGUGGUGUUCCGGACCCUCUGCCCGAAGUCCAUCCACGGGGACCCUCCUCUGCUGUGGCCCAUCACCCUCAAAGCUGGAAUUUUCCAGAUAGGACAGGACGGGACAGGACAGCGGGACGGACAGCGGACUCCGGCGGGUGGGAGGCCGUGGACGGUUGGCACGGGGAGGCCCUGAACCUGGGGUCCCUGAGACCAUGUUUGUAUUUUUAAGUAAAGUUUAAGGGUUUUCAGU